AUGUUUUUCCUGGACUCUCUCACGAGUUGCGUAUUUGCACGCUUGCAUCGGCCCGUCGGUCAUUCGAAGACCAAAAACAAGCAAGGUCAGGUGCGCGCGGAAAACCCGAGAAGCACCUCACUGUUCGCCGUCCUCCUCCUCGUCGAACUCGCCCUCCUCCUCCGCAGUGGCAUCCUGAUACUGCUGGCACUCCGAGACAAGGUCAUUCAUGUUGCUCUCCGCCUCGGUGAACUCCAUCUCGUCCAUGCCCUCGCCGGUGUACCAAUGCAAGAAGGCCUUGCGCCGGAACAUCGCCGUGAAGUACUCUGCUACACGCUUAAACAUUUCCUGAAUCGCUGCACGGAACGAAAUUGA